AGAAAGAAUCAGCUCUGCACUUGGUGUCAGGUUCAUUUUCAAGUGACAAUUUGACGAAGAUCAAGAUGAAGACUCUGAUUUUGUGCUGUUUGAUUUUUGGCAUUGCAAAUGCCCUGUACCUUGAAAGUGAAGACGACCGCCAAGAGGAUGCAAGUUAUGGCUAUGGAUACAAAGUGAAAGUCAUAAAAGGACCCCCUGGACCUCCUGGACCUCCAGGCCCAAGCGGACCAGAAGGACCAGCCGGCCCUCCUGGCCCAGAGGGACCAAAAGGACGACCAGGACGACCAGGCAGACCAGGAAAAAUAGGACGACCAGGAAGACCAGGAGUAGACGGAUUACCCGGUCGCCCAGGGAAGCGUGGAAGACCAGGACGCCCAGGCAGACGAGGUUUUCCAGGAAGACCAGGAAGACCCGGUAAGAAGGGAGAGCCCGGAUUAGACGGAGCACCCGGACCAAGAGGACCAGGGGGACCCCGUGGACCACGUGGCAGGCCCGGAAGGCCAGGCAAGAAGUACGGGUACUCAAAGAAACCAUGGCAUUAAUUAGAUGUCAAAAAUGAACGUUAAUAAACUUUGUUAGACUCUACACACCAAGGGUGUAGUUUAUAUAGGAAUAACCUUAACGAUUUAGAGCGGUUGCUUUCAAUAGAGCAAUCAGUAUUAAGCAAAUUUUUCGCAUUGAAA